UUGUCAUAUAAAAUUACUUGUGUCUUUUUACAUACUUACUAUUUAUUUAACAUUACAUUGGAAAUGUUUCGUCUAUAUUAUUUCUAUUUGCAAUCAUUGUUACUAAAUAUCUUGUCGACAGAAUGUCAGAUAACACCGUAUAAUAAUAGUUUGAGCAAAGACUUAUGCUUCCAGACACUGAGUGAGUUGCAGACAAUGAUAAUAAGAAAAAUCUGUUGAGGGUUUUAAUUGCUCACGUUGGUUUACCCUUGAUACCCCUGGGUGGUGCGAAUGGAGCGACACACUCACGCCGGUGGUAGAAAGUACUGCAAUGUAAUACCUAAUACCUAGACACAAAUAGAUUCAAGCGCAUUGCUAGAACUCAAGAAUUACUGGAUAUGUUUUUUGAACCGCAAAUCAAGAGACAUGGUAAAACAAUGGUAGAAAAAAACAAACAGCCAGAAAAGAAAGGAAUUGAAGAAAAUUACAACGUUGUAGAAAUGGAAAAGAGCAUUUCUAAAAAUGAUAUUAGUAAUUCAUAUUAUAAUACUAACAUAUUAAGGACGAAAAUCUUGGAUGUAACUUGUUAUGGUACAACAACACAAUUCCAAUUUCAUGAUCUUGUUGCGUAUCAAGUUACGCGAUUCAAAACUACAAGAUUAAUCUCGCAUAAAGUAGAAAAAAUUGAUUAUUGCUCUAGUACGGGUAGGAUGGAAGUUUACGUUACAUUUAGAAUAAAGAAUAUUCCCAAACUUGUUAUAGAGAACGCGAGGUUUUCGUUACGUAUUUUGAAAUAUCCAGACUUCUGGGUUUUGCCGACUCAAUGGCGAGCCUCUAGGGAAAUAACGAUAAAUAUCCGCGAUCACCCGAACGACUGGUAUAUGAAUUGUCCAGAUGCAAAGUUGAAUGCGACUACCGAAGAAGAGAUAGCAUAUGACAAAGAAAAAUGCUGGUUUAAUUUCAGUUGCUCCUCUUCAUCGUUACAAGACAGACAUCGUAUUGUACUAUACGGCAUAGCAGGUCAUCUAGCGGUAAAAGCUCAGCCAGGCACAGCGAUUACGGUUCCACCUUAUCCAAUGAUAACGCCAACGUCAGCAGCGACAACGACUACAACUACGACAACUACGACUACGACAACAACGACUACGACUACGACUACAACUACAACUACGACAACGACAACGACGACUACGACGACGACUACCACGACAACGACAACUCCACGCCCAACGACAACAACAACUGCAAACGCUUCAACAACAGACCCCAACAACGACGAUGACAACAGUACUUCCCCUGAUGAACAGGAACGUAAAAACGAUAAAAGUAAAAGGAGAACUUUUAUUAUUGUAACGAUCUUAUCGUUCUUUUUUGGAUUUUUCUUCUUCUUUUUUGUAUAUAAAAUUAUAAGAAUUUUUAUUUAAAUUAUAUUAUAUUACCUAUUA